AUGUCGAACGUUUACUUUGAUGUUGACUAUACGACCCCCAGCGGGCAGAAUGAAUCAUGGGGUCGCAUCGAGUUCAAGCUCUACGACGACGUCGUCCCAAAGACUGCUGGUAACUUCCGCGCCCUAUGCACUGGCGAGAAGGGCUUUGGAUAUGAGGGCUCUGCAUUCCACCGUGUGAUUGCGGGGUUCAUGGCUCAGGGUGGUGACUUUACCCGCGGAAACGGAACCGGCGGCAAGUCCAUCUAUGGGGAGAAAUUCGAAGACGAGAACUUCAACAUCAAGCAUACCAAGCCUGGUCUGCUGUCCAUGGCUAACGCUGGACCGAACACGAAUGGGUCUCAGUUCUUCAUCACUUUCGUGACAACUCCCCAUCUAGAUGGCAAGCAUGUUGUCUUUGGAGAGGUCGUCUCGGGACAGGACAUCAUCUCGAAGAUGGAGAGUAAGAGCUUGGAUCGAAGUGGGAAAACUGAUGGGACUAUCAAGAUUGCUGCCUCGGGUGCUCUUUGA